AUGGUGGCUGGUGAAUUUCAACUGUUGCGCGCUCGCUCAAGGGAGUGGCGCCUCCAAUGUCCGCUGUGCGCCGCGAAAGGGGACGCGCAGGGGGCCUUCGACGAGAUCGCGUUCGACCUCGUGGUGGAUGCAAUGCGACGCCGACUCCUUCAUCCCCAGCUUAGGGAGGCCAUCCUGGACGAGCAGCUCUUCAACGUGGUGGGGCCAGUCUUCCAGGACGGCGUCGGUAUUCUGAUUUCAGACAAGCUCUACAACCAUCUGGCAUGGUCAGAUGACUUCUUACGGAUUGCAGGCUCUCUGGCCAUAGUUCGCCGCCUCUUUGUCGAUCUUACCACUAUCAUGCUGAGCUAUGGUUUGUCUUGGAAGCCGGAGUCUCUCGAGCUCUUCACCAACGAUGCGAUAUUCCCCAUGUGCGACACGCUCACGUUCGACGUGGGCUCCACCUCCUGGGUCUUCUCUGCGUGCUCAGAAGGCUUCGAGGUCUUGGGCGUCUGGCAGACUCCCGACGGUAACGCUGCUGAUGCUGCGGGCCACCGCUUGCAGAAGACCUCCCAGGCGUUUUGGACGGACGCUAAGUUAUACCUCGCCACCUCCGUGCCUUUGGACAUCCGUUUCGAUCGAUUUGCGAAGAGA